AUGACGCCGAGGAGCGAGGGCUCCGGCUGGCCCAGCGGCGCGCUGCGAGGGGCGCGGGCGCUCGCCGCGCUUGCUGCGCUCUGGGCGCCCGCCCCGCCACUGCCCCCGCCACUGCCUGGGGUCUUCCCCCGCCCGGCGCUCCGGUACUGUCGGCGCCCAGGGCUCCCUCCGGGUCUCCUGGAGCGCGAGCAGCUGCAGGCGGAAGCUAGCGAGCGCUUCGCGGCCGGCUACAUCCAGUGCAUGCACGAGGUGCACACGUUCGUGUCCACGUGCCAGGCCAUCGACGCCACCGUCGCCGCGGAACUCCUCAACCACCUGCUCGAGUCCAUGCCUCUGCGCGAGGGGAGCAGCUUCCGGGAUCUGCUAGGGGACGCCCUGGCCGGGGCUCCGGGAGCCCCAGGGCGAAGCGGAUGGCCCAUGGGAGGGGUCCUGGGGUCCCCUCUGCCCAGUCCCGCGGCCCCCAGCGACGACCCAUGCUCCGACCUGGAGGAGGCCCCCGAGGCUGAACUGACCCGAGCCCCUGCUGAAGGGGCAGACUUGGUGCCAGCAGCCCUGGGCAGCCUGACCGCUGCUCGCAUAGCCCAGAGCGUCUGGAGGCCUUGGUGACUAACACCAGCCCGGGGUUUGCAAGGGUGGGUGUGGCCUUCCCUUGCUCUGCUCCUUCCUCCCUGGGGACAGUUGUGAUGGUGGCAGGGGCCUGAAUCUCUCCCAGAUCUGCCUGCCCUCUUCCUCCAGUGAUUGGGUUGCAGGGCAGUCCAGAAUGACCAGCCCAUUCAGGCCCCUAGCCCUGAUUCUUAAGCGAUUAUCUUUUGUGGACACCCCCUCCCCCAGCCCCGGGUUGGGUGGCAGGUGGGAGCUGCAGGCUGGAGGAGGGAAGGCUCUUCCAGAGCAUCCGAGUUCUCCAGCACUGCAGGUGGCCCGGCCUUCCCAGGUACUGUGUGCAUCUGGGGGCAGAGGUGCUGAAACCCUCCUCAUUGCCGGGCCCUCGUGCUGGAGACAGAGGGAGACGUCAGACCCUGGCGGCCCUGGCCGGAGAGAAGCUUGAACUCGCCACUCCAUUCGGGACACGGGAGGCAGGUGCAUUCAGCAGCAUUGCCUGUCAUCUGCCAGAGAGAAGCAAGGCCUCCCUGAACGCCUUGCAUUUAGCACACUUGGAGUCUGGGUAUUAGGUUACCAAUAAAGGAUUUUGGAGAAUUAGUUACCCUUCAGAAGUGUGACUGGAUGAUGUGGUGUCAUCACUGUGCCUAAUGUGUGAAAACUGAGGAAGGGCAUUUUUCUUGGAUCUAAUGCUGGUGAAUGUUUCUAAAAUCUCUCACCCUUUGUCAGCAAAGUGAGUAGUAGAAUGGUGGUGGGCCCAAGCCCCCCGGGGGGCACGUCUCCCGGUGCACAGUGCUUCCGCCUCCCUGAGGCCUGUGUGCAGCCCGGAGAUGGAUACCGCCGGCAUGGGGUUUGUCUCCAGAGUAACUAAGCACCAGGGGAAGAGCCUGUCCCAGGACCAGUCUCUGGUACACGAGCUUCUAGGAAUAAAACAAAGUCCUACUUCCUC